AUGUUCUAUUUAAUUUUGAUAUCGGUAUUAUUCUGUGUGCGAUGUGCAAUGGGAGAUAAUUAUCAACCUGAACAAAUUCAUUUGUCUUACACAGGUAUUUCAAAUGAAAUGCUUGUCACUUGGAGUACACAGCUAUUGACAAAUGAAACUUACGUAGAAUAUAGCCUAUGGAAUGGAACAUUUUCGUUAAGAGAAAAUGCGACGAUGUCAAAAUUUAUCGAUGGUAGUAGUGCACAUCGAGUUUUAUACAUGUAUAGAGCUACUUUAAAGAAUUUAACAAUGGAUACGGUUUAUAUGUAUCAUGUCGGUAGUCCAGCUGGUUUGAGUGCGAAAUAUUCAUUUCGAACAAUACUUGAUGAAAAUCGAAAAUCGUUUGCUGUCUAUGGAGAUUUAGGCGUUGUCAAUGCACAGAGUUUAGCACGCUUACAACGAGAAGCUCAACUCGAUUAUUAUGAUGCAAUUUUACAUGUGGGAGAUUUUGCUUAUGAUAUGGAUGCCGAUGAGAGCCGAGUUGGUGAUCAAUUUAUGAAUGAAAUUCAAGAGAUAGCUGCCUAUGUUCCAUAUAUGGUCGCUCCUGGAAAUCAUGAACGAGCUUAUAAUUUUUCAAAUUAUAAAUCUCGUUUCUCAAUGCCAUCCAAUGGCGAUGGUGAAAAUCUUUGGUAUAGUUAUAAUUUUGGUUUAGCACAUAUCAUCAGUUUUUCAACGGAAGUUUAUUUUUGGUGGGAAUUUGGUUUUGCACAAAUUGCUAAUCAAUAUCGUUGGCUUGAACAAGAUUUACAAUGGGCUACAGCUCCCGAAAAUCGAACUAAAUAUCCAUGGAUUAUCACCAUGGGCCAUCAACCAAUGUAUUGUUCAAAUGCGAAUCAAGACGAUUGUACAUUUUAUGAUAGUCGACCACGUUCCGGUUUGCCCUACAUUCAUACGUUUGGAUUAGAAAAACUGUUUUAUGAUUAUGGAGUGGAUUUAGAACUUUGGGCUCAUGAACAUUCCUAUGAAAGACUUUGGCCUAUUUAUAAUUGGACAGUAUAUGAAGGGUCGUGGAAUGAACCGUAUACAAAUCCCGGUGCUCCAACGCAUGUAAUUAGUGGUUCAGCAGGUUGUUAUUCAAAACAUAAUCCUUUUCUCAAUCAAACUCAAUUAUAUUCGGCAUUCCGUUCGGAUGAUUAUGGUUAUUCACGUAUGAAAAUUAUAAAUUCAACUCAUUUAUAUAUGGAACAAGUAUCAGAUGAUCAAGGCGGCAAAGUCAUUGAUAAUUUUACAUUGAUUCGUGAAAAACAUGAACCUUAUUCAAAUCAUAAACAUAAAGAAGUUGUCUGCCAAACACCUUAUGGGCUACCCAACAGAUAUGCGACUGGCGAUGCUCCAUUUUCAAUCCAAUCAGGUGAUUUCAAUAAUGAUAAGAAACUGGACAUUGCAGUGACCAACGCCAAGAGUAAUGAUAUCAGUGUGCUACUUGGUAAUGAAGAUGGGUCGUUUCGAAGUCAGACAACCUAUUCGGCUGGUUCAUAUCCACAAUCUGUCACAGUAGGUGAUUUCAAUAAUGAUAACAAACAAGAUCUAGCAGUAGCCAACACGGAAAGUGACAACAUGAGCUUGCUGCUUGGUAAUGGAGAUGGCACAUUUCAAAAUCAACUCAUUUAUAGUACUGGUGCGAGUCCUACUUCUUUGGCAGUGGGCGAUUUCAAUCAUGAUAACAAACUAGAUCUAACAAUAGUCAACAAUGGUGAAGAUACCAUCACUGUGAUGCUUGGACAUGGAGAUGGGACGUUUCAAAAUCAGAUAAAGUAUGCAGUUGGCCAUUCACCUUACUUUGUAACCGUAGCCGAUUUCAAUAAUGAUACUAAUUUGGACUUGGUAGUGGCCAACAACAAUGAAAAUGAUAAGAGCAUCAGUGUACUACUCGGCAAUGGAGAUGGAACGUUUCAGAAUCAAACGAAAUAUGCAGUUGCCGACAAUUCAUAUUCUGUGACAGUGGGUGAUUUCAAUAAUGAUACCAAAGAAGAUCUUGCACUGGUCAACUUUAUUUUGAACAGUGUCAGUAUACUUUUUGGUAAUGGAGAUGGGACAUUUCAUAAUGAAACAGAGUAUCUUGUUGGUUUUCAUCCGUUCUCUGCAACUGUGGGCGAUUUCAACAAUGAUUCUAAACUGGAUUUAGCAGUAGUCAAUGCAUUUGGGAAUAGCGCUAGUAUACUACUUGGGAAUGGAGAUGGCACGUUUCAAAAUCAAACAGAAUAUAUCAUUGGUCCGUUUCCUUGUUCAGUCAUAUUAGGUGAUUUCAAUGGAAAUAAUAAAUUAGAUCUGAUAGUAUCCAAUUCUGGUAGUAACACUAUCGAAGUGAUGCUCGGUAAUGGUGAUGGAACAUUUCAAAAUCGAAAAAAGUUUAUCGCUGGUUCACAACCAUCUUUUGUGGCAACAGGUGAUUUUAAUAGAGAUGCUAAGUUAGAUCUAGUAACGUCCAAUAAUGAUGACCAAGACAGAACUAUCAGCGUACUACUCGGCAACGGUGAUGGAACGUUUCAGAAUCAAACGAAGUAUACAGUUGCCGAUACUCCACAUUCCUUGGCAAUAGGUGAUUUCAACAAUGAUAACAAAUUGGAUCUAGUAGUAGGCAAUCUCGAUGACAACAGCGCCAGCGUAAUACUAGGCAAUGGAAAUGGAACAUUUCAUAGUCCAACCAAAUAUAGAGUUGGCCUAAGUCCAUUCUUCGUGAUCAUAGAUGACUUCAACAAUGAUAUUAACCUUGACUUAGCAAUAGGUAACCUCGAUAGCGAUAGUAUCAGCGUACUACUCGGCAAUGGAGAUGGAACGUUUCAGAAUCAAACAGUGAAUGAAGUUGGUCAUGGUCCAUGUUCUUUAAUAGCAGAUGAUUUCAACAAUGACAAUAAACUAGAUAUUGCAGUUGCCAAUUACUUUGAUAAUUACGUUAGCGUACUGCUCGGCAAUGGAGACGGGACGUUUCAAAAUCAAGCGAAGUAUGAAGUUGACGAUGGUCUAUCAUCCGUGACAGCAGGCGAUUUCAACAAUGACACUCUAGUGGAUAUAGCAGUGGCUAACUAUAAGGGCAGCAGUGUUAGUGUACUUCUCGGCAAUGGAGAUGGUACAUUUAAAAACGCAAUAGUGUAUUCUAGUGGCAUUAGCCCAUCCUGGGUCUUGUCAGCUGAUCUAAACCAUGAUGGUAAGUUGGAUAUGGUCUUGAUUAACUCCUAUGAGAAUAGUAUUGGAGUCAUGCUCGGCAAUGGAGACGGUACAUUACAGACUCAAAUACUUUAUACAGUUGGCACAGGUCGCGCGUCUAUGACAUUAGGUUCAUUCAAGGACAAUAACAAAUUUGAUUUAGCAGUGAGCAACGCCAUCGACAACACCAUCACUAUUUUUUUAAACGACUGCUCUUAG